CUGUGUUCUUCCAUCACAUGAAGAGCACACAUAAGUCACACUGAGACAACAGAACCUGACGCUGACCCCUCUGCAGCUGGUUUUGCUUUUAAGAGGAGCUGCUACAAAAAAAGGUGGGGGGGGGAAGAAGUUUUUGGGUGUAUUUUGGACCGGCGUUCAGCUGCAUGCAGUGGUUUCUACAGUUCAAGAGCGAUGUCAUCUCAGCUUCCUCACAACAAAGAGCCUCCGUAUGUCAGAAAAACGCUCUCUGACUCCUGCCCAGCUUCAUCUGCUGCCAACACCAAGAGCCUGAGGCAUGAAAAACUGUCCAGACUGGGUUCAUCGGCGGCGUCUGAUGUCUCUAACGACACGUCAACAAACCACGCAGAGUCCUACUUCCUGCGGCGGGAGAACAGACUGUCUGCUAAGAAAAAGGCAGAGGAGGAAAAGAUGAACAACGAUUAUAAAAAGAUGUAUGAAAAGGCACUAGCCACUAAUCAAAGACUCAAGUCUCGACUGGAAACAAGUAAACAGGAGCUCGCUGUAAUUCAGGACCAGCUGCACAAAGCACAGAACGAUAAAACAGAUGAUUGUGGCUCCAACAUGCUUGAAUCAGAAAAAAAGGAAAGUUGGAGCCUUAAAAAGAAAAUCACAGAAAUGGAAGAGCAGCUGAAGGUUAAAGCAGAGCUGAAGCAGGAGAACCAGAGACUAAAGGAUGAAAAUGGAGCUUUAAUCCGUGUCAUCACUAAACUCUCUAAGUAAAACAGGUAGCAAAGGGAUGAGAGGACAAAUAAAGAGCCAUAUCUGUCUUAUUUAAACUAAACUCUGUGAUAGCAGUAGUUCCCAACUACGUCUUGAUUUGUUCUAGUGACUGUAAAUGUGAAAAAGAGUAAUUACAGAUGAGACUUUUACUAUGAUUUGUAUAAACCUUUUAGUGAUGUGAAGUCACAUUUUAGAGUGUGUAAUUUAGUUGUUUUCUACACCUAAGAAGUUGGAAGUGUACAUUUUUUUGUACAUUCACAAAAUAAAUUAAGUCAACGUGUU